AUGGCUCUUCCGCGAAUCGGUCGGCGAGAAGCCAUCACUUCUACAAAGCUUUUCAUGGUGGUCUUGCAGUUGCUGUCGAAGAGAGCUCGAUUCUUCUCGUUUCAAGGUCUCCUGCCAUGGAUGAUGCCUCCAGCCGUGCGGGAUACAUAUCUGAAGACUGUUCGCCCACUUCUCAACGACGAUGAAUUCGAGAAGAUGACAUCUCAAGCGGACGAGUUCGAAAAGACUAUUGCAAAAGAUAUUCAGAGGAAACUUUGGAUGAAAUGGCUCAUUUCUAAGAAUUACGUAUCUGAUUGGUGGAAAGAAGUGGUGUACAUGCGCCAUCGCAGCUCUCUUAUUCACACCAAUGUGGCGUGUGCCGAUGUGAUAUACCACCCAACAACCACCAAUCAAGCAGCUCGAGCCGCUUACGUGACGUUGAAUCGACAGCAUUUUUGCAGAGACAUUUUUGUGAAGAACACAAUGAGACCGAUCGCAAUGGGCCCGAUACCAUUGUGCAGCUCGCAGUACACAGACUACCACCGUUCAUUGCGAGUCCCUCGAGAGACAAGUGAUGUAAUGGUUCGACUACCCGAUGCGCGACAUAUAGCUGUUUACUCCAAGAAAUGCUGGUAUAAGGUCAAUAUCUUCCAUGGAAAACGAAUGCUACGGCCAGCAGAACUACAACGAUCCAUCCAAAUGAUCUUGGACCGGAACGACAUUCCCCACGAGGGAGAAGAGCGCCUUUCAGCUUUGACAGCAGGCCCUCGAGAUCUCUGGGCUCGAAUUCGAGACCGCAAAUUUUCUGAAGGAAUUAACAAGGAGUCGCUGUCGAUGAUCGAAAACGCUCUCGAAAUCGUCUUCUUGGAUGACAACGAAACUGGAUACGAUGAGAAUGAUCCCACGGUGUACGAUCGCGAAUAUCAACUUGCUCUAACUGGAGACGGUUACAAGCUAUGGUGUGAUAAACCGAGUGUCUACUCGUUCACCAAAAAUGGCAGGUUCAUAUCGAAUGCUGAGCACUCGGUGGUUGAUGCGAUGAUCUACGUGCACGUGCGUGAAUAUCUGAAGUAUCACGAAGCUUUCGACAAGCCAUAUGGUCCCGACGGUAACUGUACUGGCGACAUUCAAGUGGUUCCAAAACCUGAGCGACUUCGAUGGGACUUGGACGAUGAGACUGUAAAUGCAAUCGAGGAGGCCUAUUCGGUCUCAAAAGGAGUCGCUGAUGAUCUCGAGAAUGCGCAUUGCGUUUUCCGCGAUUACGGCAAAGACUUCAUGAAGAAAAUUGGUGUGUCACCGGAUGCAUUCCUUCAAAUGGCUAUACAGAUGGCGUACUACAAGGACCAGGGAAAAUUCGAGCUCACCUACGAACCAACAGUGAUGCGGUUGUUCCGCGAAGGACGGACGGAAACAGUUCGUAGUUGCAGCGAGCACUCGUGCGAUUUCGUCAAGUCCAUGCUUGACAAGAGCCAUGAAGAUCAGACACGGUACUCUCUACUGCGGAAGGCAUGUGAUUCCCAUCAGUCCUAUUACCGUAACGCAAUGGCUGGUUACGGUGUUGAUCGACAUCUGUUUGCAAUGUAUGUAGUGUCGAAAUACUACGGCAUCCAAUCUGCGUUCCUGGACAACGUCUUCAGCAUGAAUUAUGCGCUCUCUACCAGCCAGACUCCACAACAUCAAAUGAGCGAAUACAUGAAAUCGCUGAACAAAGAACGCGAUUUGUUUUGGCCGGCAGGAGCAUCAGCCUGUCGCACGAGGGAUUGGCGAACUAUGAACGCACGACGAUUCCGCGAUACACUUUGUGAAUGCUUACGAGAGAUGAAAGCGAUGGUUGAUCGCGUCGUCAGCUGA